AUGUCCAAGAAGAUCAUCACCGUGUUCGGCGCCACGGGCGCUCAGGGAGGCAGCGUCGUCAACAUCUUCCUCAACGACGCCAAGCUCAGCAAGGACUGGCAGGUCCGCGGCGUCACCCGCGAUGCCACCAAGGACUCGUCCAAGGCCCUCGCCGCCAAGGGCGUCGAGGUUGUCGCUGCCGACCUCGGUGACAAGGCUUCGCUGGCUGCCGCUGUCAAGGGCGCUUCAGCCGUCUUCGCCGUGACCAACUACUGGGACAAGAUGGACAAGGAGCUGGAGAUUCAGCAGGGCAAGAACAUUGCCGACGCGGCUCUGGAGGCUGGCGUCGAGCAUUUCAUCUUCAGCUCCCUCCUCGACGUCAACAAGCUGUCCAAGGGCGCCCUCCCCGACGUGUAUCACUUUGACAGCAAGGCCGCCGUCGAGGAGUACAUCCGCACAACCUCCCUCCCCACAACUUUCUUCCUCCCGGGCUUCUACAUGGCCAACCUCCCCGGCGGCAUGUUCCGCCAGACGCCGCCCGACAACGCCUGGGGCCUCAGCCUCCCCGUGCCGGCCAGCGCGCCCAUCCCCCUGUUUGACGCGGCGGCCGACACGGGCAAGUUUGUAAAGGGCAUCGUGCUGCAUCGCGAAAAGGUGCUCGGCAAGCGGGUGUACGCGGCGACGAGCUACGUCACGGCGGGCGAGGCGGUCGAGACGUUCAAGAAGGUGUACCCGGAGGCCGGCAAGGCAGCGCGGUUCAACGAGCUCACGCACGAGCAGUUCAAGGGCGCGCUCAAGGGGCAGGGGAUGCCGGAGUUCGUGGCCGAGGAGAUGUUGCAAAACAUGAGGCUGCUCGACGAGUUUGGGUACUAUGGUGGGGAGAAGCUGGACGAGUCGCAUGCGAUUGUCGAGGAUAAGUUGACGACGUGGGAGGAGCAUGUGAAGAAUGCCAAGGCCUUUUCUGGACUGGCGUAG